GGCCAUUCCAGCUGCUGCUUCAAUGACCGACCCAGAAUAUCGGGCAUAACCAUGUGGCUCCAGGCGACGCUGCUCCUGCUCGCCUCGUGCGUUCCCUCGUCGCUGGCCAUCUACCGCGACGAGGUCAACCACAUCGAUUACCAUCACGCCCUGCUCGGCCUGCCCGCUUCCCAGUCCACCUUCUUCCUCAAACCGUCCGCGGCCUCCAAUGCCUCCUUACUCUACACCCUCUCCGAAAAGUCGCUUCUCGGUGCCGUGAACCCCAAAGAUGGCUCGCUGGUCUGGAGACAGAACCUCUCGCGAUCUGCCCUGCCCGUGGCCCACCCCAGUGCACACGGUCUCCUCCGGGCCUCCGAGGGCACAAACGCUCUGGUGAGCGCUCUUGGCGACUAUGUGUCAUCAUGGAGUGCGUUGGAUGGCAAAUUGAUUUGGGAGAACUGGUUUGAGGGUGAAGCGGUGGCUGAUCUCGAGCUCCUGGAGCUGGAGGAUGUCAGUGCGGCUCCGGCGACCAAAGACACUGUGGCGCUUUUUGGCGGGAAGGCUGGCGUCGUCAGAAGAUUGGAUGGAGAUUCGGGUAAGACGAAAUGGGAGUAUUUGGACGAAAGUGGUGACAUUCCCAUCCAGUUGUCGUCCUCGGCCACCGAGGUCUUCUACGUUUCUCUGCAGCCAUCCGCGCGGAAAGGAUACAGAAUCAAGGUUGUGACAUUGGAUCCCCUGACCGGUCGACAAACCCAGCAGCAGAUCCUGAGCUCGGAAGGUGACGUGUUCAGCGCUGAUUCCGUUCUCUUCGUGGGCGCAAACACCGCCUCCCCGAUCAUUGUCUGGGCGGAUCAAUCACACAAGACGCUCAAGGUCAACGUCAUCGGAACGAAGCAGGUACACGCGUUCGAUACCGACAACUCAAGUGGCGAGAGCAUCAGCUCCAUCACUGUUCAUGCUCCCAAGAAGCUCGAAUCGCUGCCGCAUUUCCUUGUGCAUUACGAGACCGAGUCCACCACCUGGGCUGAGGUCUACCACGUCGACUUGACAUCCGCCUUGGUAUCCAAAGCCUACGAGCUCCCUCGCUUGCAGGGGUGGUCUGUCUUCUCGACAAGCAGCAAGGAUGCCAAUGUCUACUUCACCCGCAUCACCCAGUCCGAGACGACCGUUGUUUCUUCGGCCUCCCAUGGCGUCCUGGGCAGAUGGCCCCACCAGGCACCUCCUAUGGAACAAGCUCUGCACUCCGUGUCGGAAGUUGUUGCCAAGGGUGACACUGUUGCUGUCCGAUCGGCCGCUGCGUUGGCGUCCGGUGAUUGGGAAUUGAUUCGCAACGGCCAGACGGAAUGGACCAGAUACGAAGCGCUCGCGGGUGCAUUGGCCGCUGCCUGGGUCGAGGAAGACGCCCAGGAGGAUCUGGCACAUCAGCUAGAAGUUGAAGGUCACGAGAGUCUCUACGGAGCCUACAUGCACCGUGUCAAGCGCCACGCCAGAGACCUCCAGCAUCUCCCCGAGUGGCUGAAGGGGCUCCCUAAGCGUAUUUUCACCAGUAUCUUGACCGAUGAGGUGUCCAACCUUGAUGGCUUUGGGAUCGUUAGGCCUGUUAUUGUGGCCACAGAGAACGGAAGAGUCUACGCCCUUGAUGCUGGCAAGCACGGCGCCGUGUCCUGGAAGGUCAAGGCCGCUGACACGGAGUCGUGGAAUGUGAAAGCGAUUCUCACUCAGCCUGGCUCUGCUACUAUUCAUGCCGAUGAUGGCAGCUCCGUCACUCUGGAUGUCUCCUCUGGUGAGAUCCUGGAACGCACCCCUGGUACCACGAAGAUUCGCUCUGUUGCCGUCGCCUACGGUGACACCGCUCCUGUGACUGUCGGUAUCAAGGAGGACGGUGCGCCCCUGAAGUCUGUCGAUGGCCAGGGAUUCUUUGUGACGCUCAGCGAUGAUGGCCGUGUUCUCGGAUGGGCUGCCAGAGACAACCAGACUCCUGCCUGGCAAUUCUUGCCUCCUCCGGGCGAGAAGAUCAUUCAUGCCACCGCGCGACCCUCCCACGACCCUGUUGCUUCGAUUGGUAAAGUCCUGGGCAACCGGUCUGUCCUCUACAAGUACCUGAACCCCAACCUCGCCCUGAUCACUGCCGUGGGCGAGAGCUCAGCCACCUUCUAUCUCCUUGAUGCAAUUUCCGGAAGAAUCCUCCAUACUAGUACCCACCAAGGGGUCGACCCCACCCAGCCCAUCUCCUCUGCCAUCUCCGAAAACUGGUUUGCCUACUCCUUCUGGGCCGACGCAGUCGACUCCUCCUCUGCCAAGGGCUACCAGCUAGUGAUCUCUGAGCUCUACGAGUCCCCUAUCCCCAACGACCGCGGCCCUCUGGACUCCGCAUCUAAUUACUCCAGUAUCACCAACCUCCCUCUCCCCCACGUGAUCUCGCAGGCCUUCAUGAUUCCGGAGCCCAUCUCUCACAUGGCCGUCACUCAAACCCGCCAGGGCAUCACGGUCCGCCAACUCCUCUGCACCCUACCCUCCUCCAACUCUAUCAUCGGCAUCCCGCGCCCCGUCCUUGACCCGCGCCGUCCCAUCGGCCGGGACCCGACCACCACCGAGGCCGAGGAAGGCCUCUUCAAGUACAACCCCUUCCUCGAAUUCGAGGGCAAAUGGUACCACUCGCACUCGCGCGAUGUCGCCGGAAUCAAGACGGUCCUUUCCACCCCUACUCUCCUAGAAAGUACCAGCCUGAUCUUCGCCUUUGGCGGAGACAUUUUCUCCACGAGAGUGACUCCCAGCCAGGCCUUCGAUGUCCUGGGCAAGGGGUUCUCCAAGUUGCAGCUAGUCAUGACCAUCGUGGCAUUGACAGCGGGUGUUAUCAUCCUAGCGCCAAUGGUCCGGAGAAAACAAAUCAACGCCAUCUGGAAAGCGUCUUCAUGAGUUCAGCAGUGUGUAUUAUUAUUAUUAUUAUUAUAGUAAACGAACCAUUGGGGAGAGUAGACGCAGCAACAAGCCAGCUAGCUAGCUACUCAGAUUUUAUACGAUGUAAAGACAUAAUACAAUUGAUAGUACAAACAUCCUCC